AUGAACCGCGGAGUACCGAUUAAUCUAGGAAAUACUCAACCCUAUUACCAUGCAACACAGCAGCCAUUACAGAAUGUCAUUGGGAAGAGACCAGUCGUCUCAACUAAUGAUCCAACACAAUCUCCAAAACCACCUAAACCAAAACAACGGCCUACGGACCGUUCGAUUCCUGCCAAAAUUCAAGCGCUUAUUCCAGAUUCUAAACUGUAUCACGAUUUGAGAGAUAUUGAAAGACGUUUAGAUGCAGUAAUGACACGAAAACGGUUUGAUAUUCAAGAUGCAAUCAAUAAAGGUUCUAAAAUGAAAAAAACACUUCGUGUAUUUGUUUCAAAUACAUCUUCUAAUCAACCAUGGCAAACUGUAAACAAAAAACUAGAUAACCAUGCAUUUGACUUUGAUACUGGAGCGAUUCCCACAUGGACACUUCGUAUUGAAGGCAAACUUCUAGAGAAUAAAGAAACAAUGAAAGAAAAGCUAAAAUUUUCAAGUUUUAUAAAAAGUAUUAUAGUCGAGUUAGACAGAAACAAUAGAUUUUUUUCAGAUGAAAACAUUGCUAAAUGGCAUAAAUCGUCUUCAAGCAUAGAAUUUGACGGACUUGAGAUUAAACGAAGAGGAGAUAUGAAUAUUAAUGUUAAUAUUUUGAUUUAUCUCAACGAAUAUCCUGAAAAAUAUAAACUUAGUCCUAGGUUAAGUCAAAUUCUUGAUAUAAAAUCAGAAACUCGCACGGAAAUUAUUAUGGGGCUCUGGGAGUAUAUCAAAUUCCAUAAGCUGCAAGAUGAAGAAGAAAAAAGAAUUAUUAAUUGUGAUAAUAACCUAAAAGAAAUUUUCGCUAUGGAUAGAAUAUUCUUCCCUAAAAUACCGGAAAUAAUAAAUAAACAUUUGCUUCCUUUAGAUCCAAUUGUCAUCAAAUAUACAAUUUGUACAGACAAAGACCUUAAUAUGUCAGAGUUUGCAUAUGAUAUUGAAGUGGAUAUAGAUGAUCCAAUACGCCAAAAAAUGAUAAAUAUUCUUUCUUCAUUAUCAUCACAAAAAAAAAUAACAGAACUGGAUGACCAGAUUGCUUCAGUUAUUCAAGCAAUUAACAAUUCUAAAGUUAAAUAUAAUUUUUUUGAAGGAUUUGCACAAAAUCCUGCUAUAUUCAUUGAAAAGUGGUUAUCUAGUCAGUCACGUGAUCUCGAAAUUAUACUUGGAGAUGAUGAUGCUCGUGAACGAAUUGGUAUUGAAGAUAAACAACGAAGUGAAUUUUAUCAUAAAGAUUGGGUCCAUGAAAGUGUAUUUCAUUAUUUGAGUAGACAAGAAAGCAAACGUAUGCAAGAACUUCAUUCAAAACAAAAAUAA